AUGACCGCGACCGGCUCCGGGACACUGCGGCCCCAAGGCGGGGUUUGGUGGCGUCCGGAGGCAGAGCCCAGCACCGCGCCCCGCGCCCCGCUCCGCGCCGCCAUGCCGGGGCUGCUGGCCGCCGUGCUGCUGUUGGUGCUGCUCGGGGCACGCCGGGCGGCGGCUCCCGUCUCCUGGGUCCCGCUGAAGCGCUGGGCUCUUGGCUGCCUCCUGCUUUUUCACGGCGCCUGGAGGCAGCGGGCGGCCGGCGCAGUUCCCGCGGAGUCUCGGCGGCCGCGGCCGCUCCGCCCCGACCCCCACGCUCUUGAUUCAGUUUAUUUCACCGGCUUUGCAGAGACCAACAAAACCUUUGUGAUUGCUCGUCUUGCAAAACGUCCCAACGGGAUCUGUGAGAUGUGGCUCUUCCUGAGGGUGGAUGGAAUAGGAGAGUUUGAACACCCACAACAUCCGAACAUGAUGGUGAGUGAUGAAUCUGAGGAGUUCUGGAGUGGAGGAGGGCUCACUAUUGAAUACUUAGAGCCCCAAACACGCUGGAAAAUAAACUUUGAUGGAUUACUCAGAAAAGGACCCUACCGACAGCAGUGGAGUGAGGAGGAAGGACGACUUGUACCAGUUAAAUUCUGUUUUCAUUGGGACAACUUCACAGAAGUCUUUAACUUUAAUGUUGACGGUCACCCCAGCACCUUUGCACGGGCUAUUGCCCAGGAGCCAUGGACAAUUGAGUUCUUCCAAAGGGUCAAAAAACAAAGGGACCAACAUUUCCGGCACGAGCAGUGGGGUCAGGCUGUUGGAGAAAUUGAGAUAAAUCAUGAGAAAACUGAACUUUCCCUCAAAGGUGUCCGGAGCCACUCUUAUGGUGUGCGGGACUGGUCGGAGAUUUACCGUUACGUCAUGCUUUUGGCACGCUUUGAAGAUGGGACUGCAGCACAUUUAACAGUCAUUAAUAUGCCAGCUACCACAACUAACCUCACUGUUGGUUAUGUCUUUUUCCCUGAUGGGAGGAAGGCUGGGAUUGAGUGGUCCAACGCCUCACUGGCUGAGAUGGCUGAUGAUGGUGUCAUCAGGGAGGAAUAUGGAGUGACUUUUACUGCUGGUGGCAAGUACUUUGAAGUUUCUGCAAGGCUGGACAAGCAGGCUUGCCCUGUGGUGUAUAAUGGCCUGACUGGAAGAGGUGUUUUCCACGAGUGCAUUGCAGAUUUCCAGCUGAAUGGGUUGACUCAAGGCUGGGGCUUGGCUGAAUUUUAUUACAGGGAUGAAGCUGCCCAGCUAGUUCCAAACUUGCAGCUUGGUUCAACAGCCAAAGGACGUGACCUUUCUUCCUGGCACCCUACAACCAACAGCUCUCCCCCGUGAGCAUUCUCAAGCUUGUCUCAGUGGCAUUAGCAAGCAGCAGCUCGCACAAAAAAAAAUAUUCUCUGCAAAAUGCUCCAUUUUGAAUGUGGAACUCAGGAUGCUGUGGAGGUCGAGGGUAUUAAAGGAUUUAGAGAGAAAUGAGAUAUGAUUUUAGUUGUGCAGCUCUUAGUGGCUGCUCACUAUGGUGGUCUGGAGGCAAUUUAAAGGAGCCCUCUGGACAGCUGAUUGCAGGGAGAGCACACUGGGAGGGAUCAUUCUAUGCUCUGUCUUCUAUUUUUCCCCAACUGCCAGCUGCUCCCCACAGUGAAGACCAGGAUGCUGGGCU